AUGAUGUGCGCCUGGGGGAGGCUCCCCCUGGCCCUGGGGCUGCUGCUGAUGCUGUCUGGCGAGGCGGCGCCGCAGCCGUGCCCGGCGCAGUGCUCCUGCUCAGGGAGCACGGUGGACUGUCACGGGCUGGCGCUGCGCGGCGUCCCGAGGAACAUCCCCCGCAACACUGAGCGGCUGGACCUUAAUGGAAAUAACAUCACCAGAAUCACCAAGACUGACUUUGCUGGUCUAAGGCACCUUCGAGUUCUUCAGCUCAUGGAGAACAAGAUUAGCACUAUUGAGAGAGGAGCAUUCCAGGAUUUAAAAGAACUGGAGAGGCUGCGCUUAAACAGAAAUAACCUCCAGUUGCUUUCUGAGCUGCUCUUUCUGGGGACGCCGAAGUUAUACAGGCUUGAUCUUAGUGAAAAUCAGAUUCAAGCCAUACCCAGGAAGGCAUUUCGUGGAGCAGUAGACAUAAAAAAUCUGCAACUGGAUUACAACCAGAUCAGCUGUAUUGAAGAUGGGGCAUUUAGGGCUCUACGCGACCUGGAAGUGCUCACUCUCAACAACAAUAACAUCACUCGAUUAUCCGUCGCAAGUUUCAAUCAUAUGCCCAAACUCAGAACAUUUCGCCUGCACUCCAACAACCUCUACUGCGACUGCCACCUGGCCUGGCUGUCAGACUGGCUGCGGCAGCGACCCCGUGUAGGCUUGUACACUCAGUGCAUGGGCCCGGCACACCUGCGUGGCCACAAUGUGGCUGAGGUCCAGAAGCGAGAGUUCGUCUGCAGUGGUCACCAAUCAUUUAUGGCUCCAUCCUGCAGUGUCUUGCAUUGUCCUGCUGCAUGCACCUGUAGUAACAACAUUGUGGAUUGUCGUGGGAAAGGCCUUACUGAAAUUCCAACAAAUCUUCCAGAAACCAUUACUGAAAUACGGCUAGAACAAAAUUCAAUCAAAGUCAUACCUCCUGGAGCUUUCUCACCCUAUAAAAAACUUCGAAGAAUUGACCUGAGCAAUAACCAGAUCUCUGAAGCAGCUCCAGAUGCUUUCCAGGGCUUACGUUCUCUCAAUUCACUUGUCCUCUAUGGCAAUAAAAUUACAGAACUUCCAAAAGGCCUAUUUGAAGGACUGUUUUCUCUGCAAUUGCUAUUAUUAAAUGCCAACAAGAUCAAUUGCCUGAGAGUUGAUGCUUUCCAAGAUCUGCACAACUUGAAUCUCCUAUCUUUGUAUGACAACAAGCUUCAGACUAUUGCAAAAGGCACCUUUUCACCUCUACGUGCAAUUCAGACCUUGCAUUUGGCUCAGAACCCAUUUAUCUGUGACUGCCAUCUGAAGUGGCUGGCGGAUUAUCUUCAUACAAACCCCAUUGAGACCAGUGGUGCCCGCUGCACCAGCCCCCGACGUCUGGCAAACAAAAGGAUCGGCCAGAUCAAAAGCAAGAAAUUCCGCUGCUCAGGCACUGAAGAUUACAGAUCCAAAUUAAGUGGAGACUGCUUUGCAGAUUUGGCUUGCCCUGAGAAAUGUCGCUGUGAAGGGACCACAGUAGACUGCUCCAAUCAGAAACUCAACAAAAUUCCUGAUCACAUCCCACAGUACACAGCAGAGUUGCGACUCAAUAAUAAUGAAUUUUCAGUUCUGGAAGCUACUGGGAUCUUUAAGAAGCUUCCUCAGCUGCGAAAAAUAAACCUGAGCAAUAACAAGAUUACAGAUAUUGAAGAAGGUGCAUUUGAUGGAGCUUCUGGUGUCAAUGAACUAUUACUCACUAGCAAUCGUUUGGAAACUGUUCGAGACAAAAUGUUCAAAGGACUGGAAAGUCUUAAAACACUGAUGCUGAGGAGCAACCGUGUGAGCUGUGUGGGGAACGACAGCUUCACAGGCCUGAGCUCUGUCCGCCUGCUCUCGCUGUAUGACAACCAGAUCACUACCGUGGCACCUGGCUCCUUCGAUACCCUGCAUUCCCUCUCUACAUUAAACCUCUUGGCCAAUCCCUUCAACUGCAACUGCCAUCUUGCGUGGCUUGGAGAUUGGCUGAGAAAGAAACGCAUUGUGACGGGAAACCCUCGCUGUCAGAAACCUUACUUCCUCAAAGAGAUUCCUAUCCAGGAUGUGGCAAUUCAGGAUUUUACAUGUGAUGAUGGAAAUGAUGACAAUAGCUGCUCUCCGCUGUCCCGCUGUCCUGCAGAAUGCACUUGUCUAGACACAGUUGUUCGCUGCAGCAACAAAGGCCUAAAAGCUUUGCCUAAAGGCAUCCCAAAAGAUGUAACUGAACUAUAUUUGGAUGGAAACCAGUUUACUCUUGUUCCUAAAGAGCUCUCCAACUACAAGCAUUUAACACUUAUAGAUUUAAGUAACAACAGAAUCAGCACUCUUUCUAAUCAGAGCUUCAGCAACAUGACUCAGCUGCUCACCUUAAUUCUUAGUUACAACCGCCUGAGGUGUAUCCCUGCACGGACUUUUGAUGGGUUGAAAUCACUUAGGUUGUUGUCCUUACAUGGCAAUGAUAUUUCUGUGCUUCCUGAAGGAGCUUUUAAUGAUCUUUCAGCAUUAUCACACCUGGCUAUUGGAGCAAAUCCUCUUUAUUGUGAUUGUAACAUGCAAUGGCUGUCUGACUGGGUAAAAUCAGAAUACAAAGAACCUGGUAUUGCACGAUGUGCUGGCCCUGGAGAAAUGGCAGAUAAACUUCUACUCACAACUCCAUCUAAAAAAUUUACUUGCCAAGGGCCCGUGGAUGUCAAUAUUCUUGCUAAGUGUAACCCUUGCUUAUCAAAUCCAUGUAAAAAUGAUGGAACCUGCAAUAAUGAUCCAGUUGACUUCUAUAGAUGUACUUGCCCAUAUGGUUUCAAGGGUCAAGACUGUGAUAUUCCCAUUCAUGCCUGCAUUAGUAACCCUUGCAAACAUGGUGGAACUUGUCAUUUGAAAGAAGGAGAAAAAGAUGGUUUCUGGUGCACUUGUGCAGAUGGAUUUGAAGGUGAAAAUUGUGAAAUAAAUGUUGAUGACUGUGAAGACAAUGACUGUGAAAAUAAUUCUACUUGUGUGGAUGGAAUUAAUAAUUAUACUUGCCUUUGUCCACCUGAAUAUACAGGUGAGCUCUGUGAGGAGAAACUAGAUUUCUGUGCUCAAAACUUGAAUCCUUGCCAGCACGACUCAAAGUGUAUCUUGACACCUAAAGGUUACAAAUGUGAUUGCACACCUGGAUAUGUAGGUGAACACUGCGAUAUUGACUUUGAUGACUGCCAGGACAAUAAAUGUAAAAACGGAGCACAGUGUACUGAUGCAGUUAAUGGGUAUACAUGUAUUUGCCCAGAAGGAUACAGUGGCUUGUUCUGUGAGUUUUCGCCACCGAUGGUUUUACCUCGCACCAGCCCUUGUGAUAAUUAUGAAUGCCAAAAUGGAGCCCAGUGUAUUGUAAAAGAGAGUGAACCAAUCUGCCAGUGUUUAUCAGGCUACCAGGGUGAGAAAUGUGAAAAGCUGAUCAGUAUAAACUUUGUCAACAAAGAAUCUUAUCUACAAAUCCCUUCAGCUAAGAUACACUCCCAAACCAAUAUCACUCUUCAGAUUGCCACAGAUGAAGACAGUGGGAUCCUGCUCUACAAAGGCGAUAAGGAUCAUAUAGCAGUAGAGCUGUACCGUGGUAGAGUGAGGGUCAGUUAUGACACAGGAUCUUAUCCAGCCUCUGCUAUUUACAGUGUGGAAACUAUUAAUGACGGCAAUUUCCACAUUGUGGAGCUGCUAGCCAUGGAUCAGAUUCUGUCUUUGUCUGUUGAUGGAGGAAGCCCCAAGAUAAUUACCAAUUUGUCCAAGCAGUCCACUUUGAAUUUUGAUUCUCCACUGUAUGUCGGAGGCAUGCCUGUGAAAAAUAACAUUGCAGCCCUACGCCAGUCUCCAGGACAGAAUGGCACAAGCUUCCAUGGCUGCAUCCGUAAUCUGUAUAUCAACAGCGAACUCCAGGACUUCAGAAAUGUGCCGCUGCAAGUGGGAAUUCUGCCAGGUUGCGAGCCUUGUCACAAGAAAGUUUGUGUGCAUGGAACGUGCCAUGCUACCAGCCAGUCAAGCUUUUCGUGUGAGUGUGAAGGAGGAUGGACUGGACCCCUCUGUGAUCAGCAAACUAAUGACCCAUGUCUCGGAAAUAAAUGUGUGCAUGGUACCUGCUUGCCGAUCAAUGCGUUUUCAUACAGUUGUAAAUGCCUGCAGGGACAUGGGGGAGUCCUCUGUGAUGAAGAGGAAAUGCUGUUUAACCCCUGCCAAUCCAUCAGGUGUAAACAUGGCAAAUGCAGGCUUUCAGGACUUGGGAAACCAUAUUGCGAAUGCAGCAGCGGAUACACGGGGGACAGCUGUGAUAAAGAAAUCUCUUGUCGAGGGGAACGAAUCCGAGAUUACUACCAAAAGCAGCAAGGGUAUGCUGCGUGCCAGACGACCAAGAAGGUAUCGAGACUAGAAUGUAAAGGGGGAUGUUCAACCGGGCAGUGCUGUGGACCACUAAGGAGCAAGAGACGGAAAUACUCUUUUGAAUGCACUGAUGGGUCGUCAUUUGUGGACGAGAUUGAAAAAGUGGUGAAGUGUGGCUGUACAAAUUGUCCCUCCUAAGUGUUCCUGUCACACUUGUCUUUUGAAAAUGUUGUAUACUUAUUGACCGUGUCGGACUAAUUAAUGCUUCAUAGUGGAAAUAUUUGAAAUAUAUUGUAAAAUACAGAACAGACUUAUUUUUAUUAUGAGAAUAAAGACUUUUUCUUCAUUUGAAAAAAGAUUCAAGUGCUUGAACUGAGACUUCUCAUAACCAAGAGGAGCUUUGAA